UCCCAUGUAAUGAAAAUAUAAUCAUGUGGUUUUAGGUUAUAAGCGCUCAUAAUUGUUUUUGAUUAUAUAUUUUAUUGAUAUUUCAAAAUGGUGAAAAAGAAAAUAGAUAACCGUAUUAGGGUUAUGAUAGAAAAUGGAGUCAAGCUUGGCCAUCGCACUAUGUUCCUUCUCGUCGGAGACAAAAGUAGAGAUCAAGUGCCAAUCUUAUAUGACAUGCUUGUAAAAUCUACAGUCAAAGCUAGACCGACAGUGUUAUGGUGCUACAAGAAUAAGGACGAAGCCAUUAGCAAUCAUGGAAGAAAAAGAGCUAAAAAGAUUGCAGCAGGAAAGUUGGAGGUGUCAGAGGAGUCCCUGUUUGAUGCAUUCCGAGUAGCAACUACUAUACAUGGCCGCUACUAUUCAGAGAGUCACACUAUGCUUGGUCAGACAUAUGGAGUAUGUGUUCUCCAAGAUUUUGAAGCUCUCACUCCAAACUUGAUGGCUCGUACAAUAGAAACUGUUGAAGGAGGUGGACUUAUAAUAUUCUUGCUUAAAACCAUGAACUCAUUAAGACAGCUGCACUCUAUAACAAUGGAUGUCCAUUCCAGGUUCAAAACAGAAGCCUUUGACACAGUUACAAACCGUUUCAAUGAGCGUUUCCUUUUGUCGCUAACGGAUAAUCCCAGAUGUCUUGUUCUGGAUGAUGCCUUGAAUGUACUUCCAAUAUCUUCAAAAACAGCCCAAGUGGAACCAGUUGAUGCUGUUCCAGAGCGUGUUAAUCCAAAGUUGACUGAGCUAGUUUCCUCUUUAUCGGACACUCCACCAGCUGGACCACUAGUAGCAUUGUGUCGCACGUAUGAUCAGGCUACUGCAUUGGUUGCGCUUAUUAAUACACUUGCUGAUAAACAAUCAAGACCUCCACAUUGUCUCACAGCCGCAAGAGGUCGCGGGAAGUCUGCCUGCCUCGGCUUAGCGGUCGCUGCCGCCGUCUCACUAGGCUAUGUGAACAUAUAUGUCACUUCUCCUCAUCCUGAAAACUUGAUCACCUUGUUUGAGUUCGUUUUAAAAGGUCUCGAUGCUUGUUUAUACCAAGAACAUAUCGAUUACAACAUUGUGAGGUCAACGAAUCCCGACUUCAAGAAGGCCAUCGUCAGGAUCAACAUUUCUAGGAACUCUCGCCAGACUGUACAGUACAUCACUCCAGACGACCAUGCGCUGCUGUCCGCUGCGGACCUGGUGCUGGUGGACGAGGCAGCCGCCAUCCCGCUCGCGCACGUGUCGGCCGCGGCCACCCGCGCCCCCCUCGCGCUGCUGUCCUCCACCGUGUCCGGGUACGAGGGCACGGGCCGCGCGCUGUCGCUCAAGCUGUUCGCGCAGCUGCAGACCGAGCACAAGGCGCCGCCUCCGAUAAAAUUGGAGGAGCCGAUCCGUUACCGAUCCGGUGACUCAGUGGAGCAGUGGCUCAACUCGCUGUUAUGUCUGGAAGCGGUGACCCCAGCGGUGGGCGUGGGUGCUCCGCCGCCGGCCGCCUGCGAUCUGUACAGAGUUAACAGAGACGCUCUGUUCUGUUACCACAAAGCUGCCGAGGCGUUUCUUCAUCGUGUCGUUUCCAUAUACGUGGCCAGUCAUUAUAAGAACAGCCCCAACGACUUGCAGCUGCUGGCGGACGCGCCGGCCCACCAGCUGUUCGUGUUACUGGCGCCGUCCAGCCGCGCAGCGCUGCCCGAAGUGCUGUGUGUGGUGCAGCUGUGUCUGGAGGGGAACCUCAGCGACAGAUCGGUAAAAGACAGCCUUGGCCGAGGAAGGAAAGCCUCAGGUGACCUAAUUCCUUGGAACAUAUGCGAACAGUUCGGCGAUAAAGACUUCCCGAAGCUCUCAGGGGCGAGAAUCGUCAGGAUAGCGACUCACCCAUCGUACCAACGGAUGGGUUACGGCAAGCGCGCCUUGCAACAGUUAGCUGCGUACUACUCGGGUGAUAUUCCUUGCCUUGAAGAAGUGAACAGCGAUGACGAUGACACACGAACAGACAACCAGAAAGAAUCUUUACACACUGAAAAUAUAACGCCAAGGUCGAAACCUCCGACACUACUCAGAAGACUUACAGAAGUGAAGGCCGAACACUUAGACUAUCUGGGGACAAGUUUCGGUCUCACGGAGGAACUUCUGAAAUUUUGGAAAUCGCAGAAAUUCGUACCAGUUUACUUAAGCCAGAAGAGCAACGAGCUGACGGGCGAGCACUCGUGCAUCCUGCUGCGCGCGCUGCGGGCGGCGGGCUGGGCGGGCGCGUACUUCUCCGACUUCCGGCUGCGCCUGUCGCGCCUGCUCGGCCGCUCGCUGCGCCGCGCGCCCGCGCCGCUCGCGCUCGCCGCGCUGCUCAACGACCACGUGCCCGUCCAGCGCCCCCUCUUGACGAAGCAACUCAUUGAGCAGCACCUCUCGUGCCACGACUUGGCCCGCUUGGAGGCGUACUGUCGCCAGCAAGCCGACUACCGCCUAAUAAUGGACUUGUUGGUCCCACUCGCCAACAUUGUCUUCCACACGAAGGUCAAACUUAAGUUGGACGCUGUUCAGCAGGUUCUGUUCGUUGCAAUGGGUUUCCAAAUGAAGGAUGUAGAUGACAUCGCAAGUGAGCUCGGACUACCUGGCUCGCAAAUCCUAGCGAAGUUCUACGAAGCCUGCAAGAAGAUUAACUCGGCUCUCAACUCCAUUCUAGAAGUUACUGUUGCGAAGGAAAUGGGCAUAGACGAAAAAGUAGCGGACGUGAAAUCAGAUGAACCAGUCAAGCAGAGUCUGCAAGAGGAAUUGUCGAAGGCGGCAAAGGAGUUGGAGCGUAAACAACGUAAGGAGCUUUCUCGUUUGAUGGGCGAAGAUCUGGCGCAGUACAGGAUCAAGGGCAGCGAUCUCGACUGGGGCAAAGCUCUAUCUGUUUCCAACCAGAAACAAUUAGUAUCUGUAAAGAGUGGUGAGAAGCGACUCGGAGAUGACAGUAAAGAAAUAGAAGAACUAAUUGAAGCACACUCCAGUAAGAAGAAAAAGAAGAAGAAGCAUGUUAGGAAUUAAAUCGAAUACAUUUAUUUGACUAAAAAAUA